AUCAUAAUCAAGAUUGCAUAUAUUUUCCCGCCAUAUUGUACUGGGAAGGAUUUGGCGCCAGGCCGCUUUGAUGUAGAAAAGGUGUAGACAUUGCUACGAAUGAACAAGAAGCUAUUCAGACGUUGAGAGGAUUGAGGAUAUUUUAUUUAAAAACAUUAUUAAUUACAGAAAAUUUGUGACUUAAUUUACAGCAGGAAUUACUGUAAUUUCUCUUUUUCACAUCAUGUUUGAGGCCAGGCUUGUUCAGGGUUCUUUGUUGAAAAAGUUGAUGGAAGCUAUAAGAGACUUAAUACCAGAAGCGAUAUGGGAUUGCAGUGGAACUGGCAUCACCCUUCAGGCUAUGGAUAAUUCACAUGUUGCUCUCGUGGCAGUAAAUCUUAGGAGUGAUGGGUUUGAAACGUACAGAUGUGACAGGAAUCUCUCCAUGGGGAUGAGUUUAGCUAGCAUGUCCAAAGUCCUAAAGUGUGCAAGCAAUGAUGAUGUCAUCACAUUGAAAGCUGGAGACAAUGCAGACACAGUGACAUUUAUGUUUGAAUCCCCAAAUAAUGAGAAGGUUUCGGAUUACUCAUUGAAGUUAUUGGAUUUGGAUUGUGAACAGCUUGGAAUUCCAGACACUGAAUAUAGCUGUGUUGUAAAAAUGCCAGCCCAUGAAUUCCAGAGAAUCUGCAGGGAUUUAAGUCAGAUUGGAGAGUCUGUGGUCAUCUGUUGCACAAAAGAAGGAGUAAAAUUCUCUGCCUCUGGAGAUUUGGGUUCAGGAAAUGUAAAGUUGGCACAAAAUGCUAGUGCAGAUAAAGAGGAAGAAGCUGUCAUUGUUGAAAUGAACCAGGCUGUUACUUUGACCUUUGCCCUCAGAUACCUCAAUUUCUUCACCAAAGCAACCCCUCUCUCGGCCCAGGUCAGUCUGUCCAUGUCCCAAGAUGUUCCUCUAGUUGUGGAGUACAAGAUUGCUGACAUGGGAUUUCUGAGAUACUACCUAGCUCCAAAAAUCGAAGACACUGACGAAUAAGGAAAAGUGAUUUAGAAUAAAAAUACUUGAGGAAUAAACUGGACUACCCCUAAAAUGUUUUUAUUCUUGUAUUGAAGUGAUACUUAAAUAUGUAUAAAACUACUAAA